AUGUCAGUAUUUAGCCAAGAUGAAGAGUUCAUGGAUAAUAUGAAAAAACAGCCACCAGCACCCACAACAGAUCAAACAAAGGCAGAAAAAGAAUUAUCGAACCUACAAUCUCAAAAACAACAACAAUUAAUAGACCAAAAUCAAAAUUUCUUGAAAGAUUUAUUCCAUGAUAAUGCAACUCAACCAAUACGUAUUAAAAAUGUUCAAUUGACUAAUGGAGAACAAUACAGAGAUUCUUUCUUGGUCGAACAAUUCAAACCAUUAAUGACUGGUGAAGUGCUAUCUUUAACUAAUUAUCUAGAAACCAUUGAUUCAAUAUCUAAAAAUUUCUUGAAGUUAGGUAUAGUGGAAAAUAUACUAUGCAACACUCAUCAAAUAAAUCAACAAACAAAGCCUAAUUUUGGAUUCGGUGUAAAACCUACCACCACAAAUCAAAGUGCAAUUAAUGUUGUACCCGUUUUCAAUGUAAUACCAAUCAAAAAAUUCCUAGCUAAGACAGGUACAAAUAUAGGCAAUGGAGAAGGGGAUGGAUAUAUUCAAUUUCAAUUGAGAAAUAUUCUUGGUGGGGCCGAAAAUUUAACAUUUGAUGCUGUAACGGGAUCAAGGACAUCAAGUUCAUUUUUAGUUAAUUAUAAUCAACCUGUAAAUAAUGAUGCAGAUUACAUAUGGGAUAAUUCAUUCAGUAUAAAUACUAGAAAAUUGGAUUGGAUUCAAAGUAAUUUACAUUCAAAGUCAAUUAUAAAUAAAAUAUAUACACAAUAUAAUAAUUCCUUCUUGAAUCAUGAAAUCAUCUUGGAAAAUUCAUUGAAAAAUUUAGAUAACUAUGGAUCGAAAUCAUUUGCAGUAAUGAAACAAUGUGGAGAGCAACUAAAAACAUCAAUUGCAUAUAAUUUGAUUUAUGAUUCGAGAGAUAACAAGCAUCUACCAUUCAAGGGAACUUUAUGUCAAUUAGGUAUAGAAUAUAACGGACUUUUUAAAUUUAAUAAAAAUCCAUACUUUAAAAUAGCACAAUUAUCACAAACAGCUUAUGCAUUACCAUGGAUAAAUUCUCAUUUAUUAUAUACAAACAAGUGUGGUUUAUUAUAUUCGUUAGCUAAAAAUGGUGAAACUUCAAUACUAGAUAGAUUUUAUAUUGGUGGACCAAAUGAUGUUAGAGGUUUUACGCUAAAUGGUUUAGGACCAAAAGAUAAAAACUCGUACCUUGGUGGAGAUUUAUUCUCAGUUGGUGGUGUUUCACUAUUCAUUGAUAUACCAUACUACAAAGAAUCAAAUUUUAAAUUUCAUAAUUUUUUAAAUUGGGGUAAAAUAGUGACUUACAAUAAGAAUCAGAGUUUUUAUGAUAAUUUAAAAAAAUUAGGUGGUUCUUAUUGUGUUAGUUGUGGUUUUGGUAUUUUGUAUAAUCAUCCCAUGGCCAGAUUUGAAUUAAAUUUUGUCUUACCAUUGGUGGCUAAUGAGAAAGAUAAUAUAAGAAAAGGUAUACAGUAUGGUAUUGGAGUUUCAUUCUUGUAA